UCCUGUUCAGUGAAUACGAAAAGAGCGACACAUAUUGCGCGAACCAUGAAAACAACGAACGUUCAAAACCGGGAAAUUCGAAAUGUCGAUUUGUCAUAGUUGGCCCAUCUGCGGUAUAGCUCCAUAAGGUUAUCUUGAUGGACACCAAACAAGAAUGACUUUCAGGGGAUAAAAGAAAUAAUUAUGAAAAUUGUUAAGAGCACUUCUGCUGCUUAUUGAUGUCACACAUGCAGUACGUAGGCAUGAAAUGUGUGGAUUGCUUCUUUAUAGUCAUUGCAGUUGUGAUGUGACAAUACUGAAGGCAAAGCAAAAGGCAGUAAAUCACCAUUGUCCAUGCAGAUUCUAUCCCCGUGCAUAACAGUAUGACCAAAGGUAUAUCUUUCGAGUUGUGCAUCAACAAAACUGGAUUAAACUUGUAAAGGUGGCCCUUUUCUUAAGUGCAUUGAAUUCCAAGAUUUAUGGCUGCAGGAAAAGUAAAAAGCUCAUUACGAUGCGUUUAUGAUCGAAAUCUUCAUGGAGUACAAAAAUAUUGAUUUGUGAUGUAGUAUAUACAUCCAUAUUCAAAGGGCUCAUAACCUAUAUCUUGUUGACAGUUAUGUUUCGCUACAGGAUGGCGUAUUGCUGUAUCUUGAUGUUUAUGAAAAAGCAACAAAGAAGAGAAAGUAAGUCUAUAUCUGAAUAACUGAGGACUUUGUAAAAAGGCACCACCUCAAAAAUUGAAAUGUGUGCAAGGUAAAGAUAUCCGGCACUUUUAGUCAUGCCAGGGAUUGUAGUGUUUCGAAGACGCUGGUCUGUGGGCAGUGAUGACCUUGUGUUACCAGGGAUCUUCCUCUUCAUCCUUCACACAAUAUGGUUCCUCAUUCUGUCUGUUGUGCUUUUUGGACUCACCUACAGUCCCGAGACUUGUUCACUUAACCUGGUGGACCAUGGCAGGGGUUAUUUGGGAAUACUAAUCAGUUGUAUGAUCUCAGAAGCUGCUAUUAUCUGGCUGAGUAUGCGAGGAAGCAUCCUGUACACAGAGCCUCGAGAUUCCAUGCAGUACAUUCUCUAUGUCAGAUUAGCCAUCUUAAUCAUUGAAUUUGUGUAUGCAAUUGUGGGGAUAGUCUGGCUUAUUGAAUACUACAGCUCCUGCAAUGAUUCCACAGCUAAAAAUGUUACACUUGGAAUGGUUGCUUGCAACUGGGUUGUAAUUCUCAGUGUAUGCAUCACUGUAUUGUGUGUCUUUGAUCCCACUGGACGAACAUUUGUCAAACUUCGUGCCACUAAACGACGGCAGCGCAACCUAAGAACGUACAACUUACGUCAUCGUUUAGAAGAGGGGCAGGCCAGCACCUGGACCAGGCGACUGAAGGUUUUUCUGUGUUGUACUCGAACUAAAGAUUCUCAGUCUGAUGCAUAUUCUGAAAUCGCCUAUUUGUUUGCUGAGUUUUUUCGAGACCUGGACAUCGUUCCUUCUGACAUCAUUGCUGGGCUUGUACUUCUGCGGCAGCGACAAAGGGCAAAACGUAACGCUGUGCUGGAUGAGGCAAACAAUGAUAUUUUGGCAUUCCUGUCAGGGAUGCCUGUCACCAGAAGUACAAUGUACCUGGACCUGAAGAACACACAGGAGAUGAUGAAGUACAAGGAGGUGUGCUACUAUAUGCUCUUUGCCCUUGCUGCUUAUGGUUGGCCAAUGUAUCUCAUGAGGAAACCUGCAUGUGGACUCUGUAGGCUCGUCAGCUCUUGCUCUGUCUUGUGUUGCAGGUGCUUUUGCCUCUGUUUUUCUCGCCCUCGAUAUGCACCAGGCAUUACAGUUGAGGAAGAUAACUGCUGUAGUUGUAACAUAAUCGCCAUCAAACGUCACUUCCUAGAUGAGAACAUGCACUCAGUGGACCUUGUCUAUACAUCUUGCCAUGAUGCAGUUUAUGAAACACCCUUUUUUGUAGCUGUCGAUCAUGAUAAAAAGAAGGUCGUGAUCAGUAUUCGAGGAACACUAUCCCUAAAGGAUGCUCUCACUGACCUGACAGGGGAUGCGGAAAGGUUGCCGGUGGAAGGGCAUCAUGGAACGUGGCUUGGACAUAAGGGAAUGGUCCGUUCCGCAGAGUACAUCAAGAAGAAGUUGGAACAGGACAUGAUUCUCUCUCAGGCAUUUGGACGAGAUCUGGGCCGAGGGACAAAGCAUUAUGGUUUGAUUAUAGUUGGCCACUCUUUAGGAGCAGGAACAGCAGCAAUCCUUUCAUUUAUGCUACGACCACAGUAUCCAACACUAAAAUGUUUUGCAUACUCACCACCAGGGGGCCUACUUAGUGAGGAUGCAAUGGAGUACUCAAAAGAGUUUGUGACAUCUGUGGUUCUAGGAAAGGAUCUUGUACCCAGAAUUGGUCUGUCUCAGCUGGAAGGAUUCCGCCGGCAGCUAUUGGAUGUCCUCCAAAAAAGUGAUAAACCCAAGUGGCGGAUCAUUAUGGGUGGAACCAAGUGCAUUCCUAAGUCUGAGCUGCAUGAAGACAGAGAAGUAAACUACAUACAUAGCAAUCGUCUGUGGACUCACCCGAGCGACUUGACCAUUGCUCUGUCUGCCAGUACUCCGCUGUACCCUCCUGGACGCAUCAUUCAUGUGUUACACAACCAUCCUGUUGAACAGUGCUGUUGCUGCGGUCAGGAGGAGCCAACAUACUAUGCAGUCUGGGGUGAUAACAAAGCCUUCAGCGAAGUCAUCAUAUCUCCUGCCAUGCUGCAUGAACAUAUGCCUCAUGUCGUCAUGGAAGGGCUAAACAAGGUACUCGAAAAUUACAACAAAGGAAAGACAGCGUUGCUGUCUGCAGCCAAAGUCAUGGUGAGCCCCACAGAAGUUGAUUUGAACCCAGAGACAGUGUUUCAACAGCAUCAGCAGCAGCAGCAGCAAUCACUACCACCAGAUGGCGAAGCAGAGCAGAGAAACAGCAGUGUGAGGAGCAGAACAAGAUCGGAAAUCAGUCUGGAAGGAUUUUAUGAAACUAAACCAUGCUCUCCACCUCCAAAAGACCCUGUGGAGCUUCUUCUCAUGGGCACAAAGCAGCGCUUAGCAUCAGAAUUCCAAGAACGAAGGGCUCCAUUGGCCAUCAUGGAGAGUUUGUCUGACAAUGAAUCGAUCUGCAGCUUUGAUUCACGGCGCUCUUCUGGUCUGCGCAGUGUUAGGGACUCACCAAGCCUGCAUGUAGUUAUGGAGAAGGAUGAGAUGCCAUGCUUUUAUGUUAACCCUGCAAUUCCUGAGGAGAACCCCUCACUUAGUUCCCGCACAGAACUACUGGGUGCUGACACUUUAUCCAAACACUCACAGGAUACACAAAUCUUAGAACCAAUGCAUACCAGUUCACCAUCUUCACCUAGUCAGCACCGUGAUGAAUCAGGGAGCGAUCACACAGCAGUGGAGGCGGAUGGCAUUUCACAGCAGUCACAAGAGGAGAUGGCACUACAGAAUGGUCGGCUGACUGAGGUGCCCAGUCCACAAGUACUGGAAUUUGCUGAGUUCAUUGACAGCUUAUUUAACUUGGAUGGCAAAAGUAGUUCCUUCCAGGAUAUCUACCACAUGAUGAUUUCAGAAAGUAUGGAGGAGUUUUCUGAAGUUCCCAAGUCUGUCAGCGAGCAUGAGAUUUUAUUACGGGCACAGUAUGAACCAAAUCUUGUGCCAAAGCCACCACGUCUAUUUACUGGUUCAGCAGACCCUUCUUCGGGAAUCUCUGUUUCCCCAUCCUUUCCACUUAGCUCCUCAGGGGAGCUCAUGGACCUCACACCAACUGGCAUGAGCAGUCAGGAAAAUUUAUCAGUUGAUAAACUUCGGACAUCAACACCUACCCAGCAAGAGCCAAACCACUUACAGCAGGACGAUUUUAUCAUCUCUGCCCUUUAGGACAUGCUUUACAUUAUGUGACUUGUUUCAUACUUUCUUAUUUUUCUUUUAGUCAUAAGAGCAGAAUUAAUAUUGGAAUUUUUGUUUCCUAAUUUUUUCAUUUUUCUCUGUAUAUGCCUUGAUAAAAUGAAUUGAUCAUUGGGCCAGUCUACAUAGAUUGGUACACUUUGCCAGUGUCUACAUUUUAAGGUAUGGGUAAGGCUGGUAAAAGUGUGUGUGUGUGUGUGAGUGUGUGUGUGUGUGUGUGUGUGUGUGUGUGUGUGUGUGUGUGUGU